ACUCGAGGCAGCAGAUAUGGCUGCUUCUGGGGGUCCCGUGCAGGAUCUCCUCGAGGAAGCCACUUGCCCCAUCUGCCUGGAGUGUUUCAGGGAUCCAGUGAUCAUCCCUGAGUGCGGGCACAACUUCUGCCGAUCCUGCCUGAUCCAGUGCUGGGGGGAAUCGGAGGGAGAGGCUUCCUGCCCUCAGUGCAGAGAAAUCAUUCAGCACAGGAACCUCAUCCCCAAUCGGCCGCUGGCAAAUGUUGUGGAGAAACUUACAGUCGGGAAACUCCUUCAUGGGGAAAAGGGGGCCGAAGGAAAAGGGAAGAUGUGCGAGAAGCACCAGGAGCCCCUGAAGCUCUUCUGCAAGGAGGACGAAAGCCCCAUCUGUGUCGUGUGUAUUGCAUCCAAGGAGCACAAGAGCCACGAGGCGAUUCUUCUGGAGGAGGCUUCCCAGGAGUACAAGGAUCAGAUCAGCAGCUGCCUAGAUAAUGUGAGGAAGGAGAGAGAGAAAAUUCUAGUAUUUAAAGCAGACAAAGAAAAGGAAAGCCAUGACCUGCUUAAGCAAAUGGAAGCAGAGAGGGAAAAGAUGGUGGCUGAGAUCAGGCUAAUGCACCAGUUUCUGGAAGAAAAAGAGAAGCUUCUUUUGGCCCAGAUGGAAGAGGUGGAGAAGGAGAUUGCAGCAGAAAGGGAGGAGCACCUGGCCAGACUCUCCGGGGAACUCUCCUCUCUUGACAGCCUCAUCCGGGAGAUGGAGGAGAAGCUUCAGGAACCAGCAAGUGAACUCCUGCAGGAUAUCAGAAGCUUCUUGCAGAGGUCUCAGGUGAAGGAGGGUCCUCCUGUGGCUUUUCUUCCUGCCCUGAAGUGGAGCAUCUGGGACUUCAGAGAUAUAAAUCCCUUCCUGAAGGGAGCCAUGAAUAAAUUCAGAGACACUGUGAAAUAUGGACUUCGGCUGCAAAAAGAAUACGUAACUUUGGAUCCAGACACAGCAAAUCCCUGCCUCAUCCUGUCUGAGAAUCGAAAGAGAGUGAGAUGGACAGAAGUGUGUCAAGACCUGCCAGACAGCCCUGAGAGAUUUGACACAUAUAACUAUGUGCUGGGACGUCAGGGUUUCACAUCAGGGAGACAUUUCUGGGAGGUCACUGUGGGGAGCGAGGGGAAAUGGGCCGUGGGGGUGGCCAGAAAGUCUGUGAAGAGGAAAGGCAAGUUUACCGCUGGUCCUAAGGAAGGGAUCUGGCGCAUAGGGAAGUGGGGUAAUCAAUACAGGGUCUCCACCCACACUGGGUGCCGUGUUCCUAUUCUGGGUGGGGAGCCCAGGAGGAUCCGAGUGACCCUGAACUGUGAAGGGGGACGGGUGUCCUUUUACGAUGCAGAUACAGCAGCCCUUCUCCACUCAUUCUCAGAAGCCUCCUUCUCAGGAGAGACCCUCCAGCCCUUCUUUUACGUUUUCACCAGAGGCUACCUGACAGUCUCUUGGGUGUAGAGACAGACAAACUUCCCAGCUCCCUGCUAAGUAUGCAUUUCAGUGCCUGCAGUCCUGAAUGAGCAGAGAGAUGCACAACAUCAAAGCGCUUCAGGAGCCCUGACACAGACAACGAAGGCAGUAACUCACAGAGGCAAUUAAGCACAGAUAAUGUAUUUUACUACUGGGUCAAAAGCAUAAUGGUUCCCAUUUACAG